AUGGCUGAGCAAUGCUCUGUCCGUAGCACUCUCGCAGACAGAGGCUGGAAAGUCGGAUGGGCCGACAAGUAUUGUGGAGGCGCUCUGACGGUUGAGUCAUGCGGCUGCCGAAGAUCCGACAAUGGUAUCGACGAUAAGGAGGAUGAAAAGAUACAGAGAGAGGAAGGAAUGCUGGCUAUGGUGGCCCAAAGGAAGAGCCAAAGAGAAGCAUGGGCGACGAGGAGGGUCAAGUGGGAGCGAGCCAGCAAGGGUGUUAAGAGGUGUUGCAAAGCGGAAGCGCAAAAGAAAGAGACCUUAAGCGCUGGCUCGAGGUCCAAGCAACACCACAGCCAGCUGCAAGCAAAGAGGCGCAAAGCCAAGACUCAGCUGCAGCCGCCAAAAGUAAAGUUUGCAAGUGCAGUAAAGACGCAGUAG